CGGUUGAGUGUCUAUUCAUUAUUAUACUGCAGACAAAUAUUAGGUUUCAAAAGAAAACAAAACUAUGGCCUCGAAGGCUGUGGUUACGUCUGUCCGUGCCGUGGCUGCGGCCACGAAGAGAGCACCGUUAUAUCGUGCACCUCUGACAUUGACACCAGCUGCUGUAAAGAAAAUCAAGGAAAUUAUGUCUGGGAAACCUGAUAUGAUUGCCUUGAGAAUUGGUGUGAAAACGCGGGGUUGCAAUGGACUUAGCUACACUCUUGACUAUUCAAAUCAAAAGGGAAAAUUUGAUGAAGUUAUCGAGCAAGAUGGAGUGAAAAUCUUCAUGGACACCAAAGCUCAAUUAACACUUUUAGGCACAGAAAUGGACUAUGUUGAAAGCAAACUUUCUUCGGAAUUUAUAUUUAAUAAUCCCAAUGUAAAAGGAACAUGCGGUUGUGGAGAAAGUUUUAAUGUAUAACAAACUAAGGACACCUAACGCCAUGUUUUCUUUUUCUUUCUUUCUUUUUCUCUCUCUCUGAAGCUUAGAACUGUAUUUCUCCCGAUAUAAUUUUGCAGUAACUGCAAGUGAAACUCAUAUGUAUUCUGGAGAAGUCUGCCCUAUAUCUCUGCAAUUUUUCGUUGGCUGCUCUGAAAAGAAGUCCAUUUUAUUAAGAAUUAUUUUUUGAACUCAAAGAAAAAAAAAGAAAAACUAUUGAUAAUGCCUGGCCCACUUCCCUAUGAAGUAUUAUACAUGUAUAUAUAUAUGCAUAUAUAAAACUGGAAACAUCUGUUUCUUAAUUUUAUAUUUCUUUACUGUGUAAAUAGAUGUGUACAUAUCAGAUACUGCUUUUACACUGUUAAUAAAAAGUAAACUAAUUUUUCAAUCAGCAAUAACACCUUCUAUACAUGUGUGCAUAUGAUGUAUGUUUCGUACAACGUUAUCAGAGAAUGAGUAUGCAAUAUACUCUUGCAGUGUAGUUGCGUCGAAUAUGAUGUACCGCUGCGAUCAGUUCAAUAUUAAAGCUGGCAAAAUGAAUCUUCAGUAUUUUAUGGAUUUGAAAUCCCUACAAUAUGCAUGCCUGCAUAAUGUUUGUAACUUCAAAUAGAAAAGCAAAUUUUACAAAACUAUGCAUUGACCUCCCUUGCUUCUUCACACAAAACUUUAUAAAAGUUUUAAUUUGUUAUUUCAUUUUGUUUCUCUUUCUCUAGAAAGUUCCUUUUAUGCUGAGCCCAAACCCCUGCUUUUUAUCUUUAAAAUAAUUUAUCUCUUUUAUAGGUACAAUGCCAAUAUUUUUCCUCUUUUUUUUUUCUUUCUUGUGUGUAUGUUAGACGUUUAAAGUCUCUGACUCUACCAACACGACCAUCCUCCCUGAUAUGUUACAGGUACUUGGUUUAUCAUUGGCUAAAAAGGCAAAAAUAAACUACAAAGUUACGUCUAAUGGGAUUUGAACUGGAAACAAAUGGCUAAAAUCGAAAAUUGUAAUGCUUUUAUUUCUCUUUUUGUCUUUUUUGCAUACAGAUCUACCUCCCCCACACGUCAUAAAUAGCAAAGACUUUAUCUUUUUGAAGUUUUAAGUUAUGAAGUACACAUCUCUAUUAAGUAUCUUAAUUACUUCAUGAUGUACAGCCUUCCUCUAGGAUUAUCUUGGCAGGGAGAAGUGGGUGAACACUAAUGAGUUGUUAAGUAGUGUAACUGAAACCAGUCAUUUCAAUCAUCAUCUCAUGUUAACCUAAAGGCCCUCACAGGGGCCUAAUUUAACAAUGAGACUAAAUGCAUAUGGAUAUGACUAUUUAUUUAUAUUUUUGAUGAGUUAUUAAUGAUAAUAAUAGCUUAUGAAAUAACUUUCUACUGUCCAUGCACUUUUAAUUUUUUUAAAUCUUUUUCUUUUGUGUGUGUAAAACAAUCUCAAACUGAUUUGCUUUCUGUUCAUUUGCACUAUUCACUUGCAUGUGCUCAGGCCGGGAUGGAACCAUCAACCUUCACUUCUUGAUGUACGUAUCAAAACGAUCCUAUCCAUAAACUAUACCACCACCAUCAGUUUCGGUCUACUGUGGCUGGCCUAAUCAAAAAUUAGUUAAAGUAUUUAAAAACACAACUUUAAAUAUUCUGUAAUCAAUGGCUCUCUGAGACAUUGGCCCUGGUGGAUACGAACAUCGGUAAAACUAAAUUAAAUAAAAGUUAGCAAGUUCAUUGCACCUAAUGAUGAACAAAGAAGCUAUUUCAAACAAAUGUUUUACAAUACAAUAGAAAAAGAAAUAUCAGAAAUAAUCAUAUGAAGUCAUUCCAUCCACAUGAAAAGUACUGAUCAUAGUUAAGUUUGUUUUUUGUUUCUUUUCACAAUAGAACAUCACUUUGGUUUUCAAAGUUGCAAGGAGGUGUUUGGGAGUUUAUCCCCAUUAUGAUUUUAUAUGCAUAUAUAUAUAUAUGUAUGUAUAUAUAUAUAUAUAUAUAUAUAUAUAUAUAUAUAAUUAAACUGUAUGUGAUAUAUUUCUUUCUUACACUGGACAUUUAUAUUAUUUUUUUUUUAACUGUUGUAUAGUACUUUUUUUAGUUUCAAAUUCCUUUUUUUUUUAUGUCAUAACUAAUCAAGCUUAUUGGAAAAGUAGACUUUGAUAUGAAACAAUGGAGAUUCUUUUAUUUAAUUUCCUUGUCAAGAAUUUAUGUGGUGUAAUUUUAGUAGAAUAAAUUUACAGUAAAACUCAA